AGAAAUAUUGAGUAUAUGGCAGUGUUAAUAAAAUGGUGGUAAGACUAUAAAUGGUCCAUGUGGCAUAGGGAUGUGUAUAUUAGCGUCUUUUCAACCAAUGUGUUGUUUUUGCCAAUCUAAAACGCUGUCCAUGGAUACCAUAUGAACACAUUGCAUCGAAACAUAUGGUCAUGAUAUCUCUGGUGACCUGGGCAGCUGUAUGCUAGAUAAUAUGUAAUCAUUUUCAGUGUACGUAACAUGAUGGCACUGGUACACAGUAGUACAAAAAUGGUAUAUAACUGAACUAACGUUCUUGAUUGUCAAUGAUAGUUCAUCUAAUCGAAUAUCUCUUUGGCGAUAUAUGCGAAUUGUCUCAAUUAUAUUUUACAAUGAGCUCCAGUGUCUCACCUUUGGCGCCUAUAGGUAUUCUUAUUUUGCCAUAUGGGUCUAUUAUGUAAAACAGUCAUUCCAACACAAUGCAACUAUCUGGCAUACUCCACUGUAAAGAUGUCAUUCUCUUUCCAGUUUAUUUGCAAUUUUCUCCCGUUAAGUUAAAAGAAACAGAUUGUUCUUGUAGUAAUCGUUAUUUAAUGGACUUAUAUGGAUUAAUAUGUGCUGUAUGUGUUUAUAUUGUAUCGGAAUGUUAAUUUGAAGGUUGUAUUGGAACAUAUUGUAGAUUGUUGAAAAUGGGUCUUCUUAUUUAAUAGAACAACAAGAUGGAUUCUAGUACCUAUAUAUUACAUAUGCAAUUCACUUUGUUGCUCCCUAAUGUUCUAGUAGUCCUUCUAUAAACACUUCUUACAUUUUUACAUAAACCUGCAAUGGCUGGUCAAACAUAUAAUCAACGUUGACUUAUAUGUAAUUCAAAUUUGUCAAUAACCUUUUAACAAAUCAGAAAAGUGAAACGUAAAAGUGUUUACAUAUGCAUUUCUAAGUGUUACAUAUAACUAGAUUAAAUAAGUUGUAUAUAUAUAUGUAUAAUAGCAGUAAAUUCAUGUGGUGCAUAUUGGCCAUCCAUUCUUUUCAUAGGUUCCGUAAAAGCUACAUCAAAUCUACAAUAGCAAUGAUAUGACAAUGCAAUAUCUAUUCGUUGUAUUGAAAA